AAAACUCCCAAAUUCAACUCUCUCUCUCUCUCUCUCUCUCUCUCUCUCUCUAAAACGGAGACAACCCAAAGCCAAACCCAAAGCCAAACCCCUCUUUUAAACCGCCCAAGCCGCUAAGCUUCAGUCACUGCCUGCUGGCCGAGCCGCUUCCCUCUCUCUUUUGUAGAGCCGAUCCAUCUUAUGCAGCCGCCGCCGUUAGCCAUUCCCCAGAAUUCCAGGUCUCUGUCUUUCUCUCUCUUCUCUUGUCCAGUUUCUGUCUUUCUUAAACAUUGCUUUGAGAUCUCUACUCUCUGUGUCUGUGGAAGCAGGAAGCGGCUGCUGAUGGACCCCGAAGUGAUCGAAAUCCCCCCUCCGGUUUUUCACACCAGCAAACAGUCUAAACUCAAACAGGUUUUACUUCAUGAAGUUAUCAAUGUUGACAAUGACGAAGAGUCUCCUGAUGUCAUGAUCCUUGAUGAGAAAGUUGACUCAAAGAAUAAAGGGAUAGCCAUAGAAGAUAUUUCUGAAGUUCACAAUCAAGCUAAGGACACUUUGGCCAAUCAUCUUAUCUGUCCUUUCAAAAGCUCUGCUCCAGAAUCAUAUAAAACUAGCAUCAUAGAUGGUGUUAGUUCCGAUUUGUAUGACAAUGAUUAUAUGGAUUUCACUUCUGAUGACUACAUGGAAUUUGAUGAGUAUGCACUACAAGCCCACUUUGAUAAUGUGGAUUUUCCUCCUGGUGUGGAGGCACCAGUUCUUUGGUUGCUGGGUUCUUCUCAUAAGACAACUCGUACUCUUGAUGAAAAUGCUUCUACGCAUCUGAAAAAUAAAAAGCAUUUGCAUAUUCAGGGUUCAGGAUCAUCACAACCUGCUGACGUUAGCAAGAAUCCAGCUUCAGUUAGUAAUUCAGGUUUCCAAAUUACAGUGGAUUCUGCAAGUCAGGCUUCUGGAGCAGACACAUCCUCAUCUUGGUCACUUCUGAAAAGUGUUCAUAGUAUGAAGCAAUUAAGUGCUUCACAACAUGGAGGGACCUCUAUGAAUCCCACAAGUCUCCAGAGGAAAAAGAUGACACUCACUUCGAGUGGUUCAACUAAUUAUGGUUCUGUAACCCAAUUGCACAAUGUGACAAGUAUUGAGCCGCCAGAACUCGGACAUUAUACUUCAUUCAAUUUAAAUAAUCUCAAUUUUCCAACUUUCCCUGCAAAUACAUAUGGAUUAAGUCACCCUUCUGUAAUAGGUCCCUCUAUGUCAUUAAAUCACCCUUCUGUAAUCGGAACCUCUAUGUCUUGGUUCGAAUCUCCAUUCAUGUCUUCCUACACUAACUAUACAAGUUACUCAGAUUGCUACGAUCCGUUUCAUGCUGCACAUAUUCUCCCUGAAGGUGUAACCAGAACUCCCACAGAUGUAAAUAAAGAUGAUAUUCUAAGGAAAUACCAACUUUUUAAGAAGUUUGAUACUGUUGAAGAUCAUUCAGAUCAUCACUAUACUUCCAAAGGUUAUUCAACUAACCAGCCACCCAAGAACUGGUCCAAGAGAAUUCAGGAGGAAUGGAGAAUCCUGGAGAAUGAUUUGCCUGAUACCAUAUAUGUUAGGGUUUAUGAAUCGAGGAUGGACCUAUUGAGGGCAGUAAUUAUUGGAGCCGAGGGUACUCCCUACCACGAUGGUCUCUUCUUCUUUGAUGUUUUCUUCCCUAGUAGUUAUCCCAGUGUACCACCGCUUGUCUACUAUCAUUCUGGCGGUCUUCGACUCAAUCCAAACUUAUACAGUUGUGGAAAGGUAUGCCUCAGCCUUCUCGGCACCUGGCAUGGUAAAGUGAAUGAGAGGUGGCUUCCUGGUGUGUCUACUGUACUACAAGUUCUAGUCUCCAUACAAGCUCUCAUAUUGAACCAGAAGCCUUUUUUUAAUGAGCCUGGAUAUGAAUACAUGAGCGGCUCAAGAAAUGGUGAAAUACAAUCUCAGCAGUAUAAUGAGAACACCUUUAUGUUAUCACUGAGGACAAUGGUGUAUACAAUGAGGCGGCCACCAAAGCAUUUUGAGGACUUUGUUUUGGGCCAUUUCCACAAAUAUGCUAAUGACAUUCUAGUGGCAUGUAAAGCAUACAUGGAUGGUGCUCAGGUGGGGUGUCUGGUCAAGGGUGGAGUUCAGGAUGUUGAUGAAGGUGACAAGAGCUGCUCAAAGAGUUUCAAGGAUUCUUUACCUGGGUGCAUUGAACUGCUUCUGAAAGAGUUUUCACUAAUUGGAGUCAAGAACACUGACAAGUUUCAAAAUUUGGCAAAAGUGGGGAAUAAUAAAUUGGGUAAUUUUCCCAAGGCUGCAUUGAAAGAGUUCCUGAUCUCUGGAUAACGAAUGAGUUGGCGAUUAGUAGUCGAUUUUGAGGAUUGAUGCGAAAGCAUCUUAACAUCCCUCACAUGAAGUAUAGGAUAUAUACUCCUCAAAAUUUCAUAUUGAAAGUUUUGAAAUUCAAUUAUGGAGAAUUAUAUCUUUGUUUCUAUAAGAUGCUUAGGAUAUAUACUCGUGAAAUUGUACAGAGGUGUAGAUAUGGAUCAAGAUCAUAGAUGGUUUUCUUAUAUAAUAUUAUCUGAUUAUCUUAGUUGCAUCUCUGAAAUAGCGCCAUGUCUUGGGUGUAUUUUACUCUGAAAAUGCUAGCUUGCUUCUUCCAGUUUCGGCCUUUUCAGCAAAGACUGGUAGCAAAAUUUAGUGAAGAAAAGCUCAAGGGCUUGUAAAUUCUCAUCUUGUAUUGCCAAAGUUAAUGUCUACUGUUUUAGUAUUUUUCAUUGCAAGAUAGGGGAGAAAACGAAAGGUCUUUUGCUUCUUUGAGCUGCUCUGUCUCAUGUUCACUUGUAAACUGGUGCAAUUGAAUUAAUGGCUUUUUUUUUGGCCCA